AACAAAAUUUUGAUUUAUUCAAUUAUUAUUCAAUAAAUCAUUUUAUAUGAUAAAUAUAAUACAAGUAAUUGAAAUAAUAAUUUUAAUUAAAAAAAUUAUAAGAAUUUAGAAUUAUCAAUAACAUCGAAAUCAAUCUCGCGCGUAAAUAUCGGUUCGAUAGUAGUAAAUUGAAACGAUUAUCUCGAGAUUUUUCCUAGCGAGAGUAUCGAAUGAAUGUAGCGUGCACGCGCCGUAGCUGAAAAACGUAAGCUCGGAUACUACGCUUGUGCUAGUACGUGCUCCGUACACGAAAGUUAUUCACACACGCUAUUCAUCGGCUUGUGCUCCUCCAUUACGUACAUAACGUGAAACGUAAGACGCUACAUACUGGUCUAUACGUGUGUCGUGCAGGUGUAUAUAAGCAGAGUUGCGCACGUCGUACACGAACACCAAAACAUCCUUUCGAUUGAAAUGUGAUUUUGUGCUAAAAAAUGUGUUUAAAAUGAUUCGUAUAACCUUCAAUAUAAAAUUAAUAGCUAAGUGACGUUUAUAAGAAAACUAAUAAUUCACGAAUAUCAAGAACAACCGUUAAAUAACAUUUUCGACAAGACAUCAAAGGAAUUGAGAAAGGGCGAAUUUGAGGGCCACUGCACAAGCGCGAAGACGAGAGAGAAAAUUAGAGAACGAGAGAGUGAGAAAACGAUAGGACGCUAGGUACGGUGCUACGGUGGUAGUGAAUGGAACGCGGCCCCCACGGCUGAGCGUAGUACGACGCUCCACGGGCUAACGUUGCACCAAUGACCAGCCGGGACGGACGAUCACGUGACGUGCGUGCCGAGGCAGCAGCAGAACAUUGCAAAUGACAAGACGCGUAGGGCAUUGUCGUCGCGCCGCCGCUACCAACGUUCUCGUCGUAGUUGCUGGUGAAUUCGUCGCGCCGUUAUCGUCGUUGCUACCAUUAUCGUUGAUGAGAUCUCGUCCGCCACCGAGAAGGCAAAUAUUAUAAACGAUUCUGAAAUCUGUCCUCGCUGCUGUCGGCACCACCGCUGCUGUCGCCGCGUGUGCGCGACAAAGUCGCGGGUGCUCGGAGGCCUCGUGCCCUGAACGGUGCCCGCGGCGCCCCGUCCUUAGUACAACAUAUUUGAAACAGUGUACCAAACGCACCAGCAUCAAAGGCCCGAGUGCCACCUGCCUAUAUGACAAAAUGUCGGGAUCACAGCGAAUGCGAAAAUCCUCGCCAUGCUCGACAUCGAAGCAAGGCCCAAUGCGCGCGACUCUACCCGUAAGCUCGCUGCUAAGACAAGGCCGGCAGGGCAGCAGUCUCAGGAAGAGUAAUAGCAACAGUCCCACCGUAUCGCCAACAAAUGUGAGUGCGUGGCGGGCCCGCAUCUCGCCGGAGACUUCUUCCUCUGGACAACGAAGCCCCGGUUCCCUCUCUUACAAAGCAAAAUCAAAAACAUUAAGUGGAAGAUGCAGCGAAAGUUUAAGUGGAAACCAAAAUAUUCGAAGGACAGCAUCAUUAGAUACAAUCUAUUUGAAAGGACAAUGGCCUCGUGAUUCAUAUUAUAUUCAUUCCAGUCUUCUUUUGGUUGAUAAAUCUACACAGACAGAAGAAUGGUCUAAUGAACCAAGAAAAUUACACACACGUCAUCCUACAGAACAAACAACUACUGAUGAAAAAUUGGAAAAGUAUUUUAGGCACCGGUUACAACGUACAAAUAAGGAAGGCACCAGCAGUAGAGAACGAACAGCAGUAUUUGGACUUAUAAUGCCAGGUGGACCACCGCCAGCUUUUCCUGCAGAUCAUACAGUUUUACCCAGUAUUGCUUCACAAACGUCUAUACACAAUCAAUUUGGUUUGAGUACAAAGGCAAGUCCUAUGAAUAUCCCUGUGAAACCAAUGAGGCCUCCAAUGCGUUCUUCUAUUGAAGGAUUAAAUCAAGAAAUUGAAGGAUUAGUUCUCAAAUCCACAACUAACCCUAGUGAUCCUGAUCAUCCAGUGGAAGAUAAAUAUGCACGAUAUCGUGAGCAAAUUACACCGGAAGGUCAUCGUGCACCAUUAGCAGAUUUAUUGAGGGCUACUCGUAGCGUGAACACACAAACACCAGCUACUGACCUUCCCUCCAGUUCUUAUUCUUCAGGCCCUCCAUCUAGGAAUUCUGAGUCUCCGCUGAUUCCUGGUCUUAUGGAUGCGUCCCGUCCGCCUAGCGAUCUCUUACAAGGUGGAAGUCGUGGUUCAACUCCUGAACAAGAUAGAGAAGGACGUCUUGGCACCUCUCCUCACAUUAAUAGGUUCCUUGCAAGAGAACCACCUGAUGGCUGUGAGAAAGUCAAUCUCAAAUUUGUAGAGGAUGCCAGGCGACCCAUGAUAGACUUGAGCAAAUUAGACUAUUGCCCAAAGCCGUGUGUAGCAUUCCAGUUAAAACCUAGCUUGGGAUCAGCGUUCCUGCCAUUACAACAGCCAGCCAGUCCAACAAUGGUUGCCAGUGCAUCACCUUCUUCGCAUACAACACCAACUACACCUCCUCCAAAUCCAUAGUCCUGCUCUUUACCUUACAGAAUAAUGUUCACAAACCCGAUUGGUAUAUAUAUUUUUUUUUAAUGACCUCAUGGGUAGAAAGUGGUUUACUUUGAUAUGAAAGCUUAUACCAACAAAGAAAAGUUACCGAAAAAACAGCCUGUUUCCAGUGCGACCCAAUGUUCGGGCAUCGUGAAUGUGUAAUUAAAAAGUUAUAAUUGCAUUGAUAUAAAAUAUUGAAAGCAUCUGAGCUCCGUUAAUGUUUCAAACAAUAAUAAAUACGAGGAACAAUAAUUUGUGAUAACUAAAAAACGACAUUUAGGAAUGAACAUUGUGUUCUACAGGGAGAAAGACUAAUAAAAAUUGUGUAUUCUAAAUUUAGUGCUAAAAUGUGCUAAACGACUUUAGUUUUGUAUACAGGGAUAAAUAUUCAAAAUGUCAAAGAGUAUUAAAUUUGAUUGUUGGAAAAACAAAAUUAUACAGAUACAAAAUGGGUACAUGUGCCUGGAUAUGUACAUCGGUACCCUUUUAUAAACUUUUCAUUAGAUCUUUAUCACUUAAAUUCGAAUUCAUAGUUAAACAAAAAACACUCGUUAGAAUUUUGUAUCGUUUUGUAUUAUUACUCAUAUGCUAAAAAUAUUCAAAUUAUUAUUAUAUGAGGAGCUCGAAAAUAUGUAUCCCUAUGGUACAUUAUUUUUUAGAAUUAUAUUCUCUUAGAGUUAUACACGUACAUUCUUUACUACUUUUUUUAAGAACGCGUAUGUAAGAUAAAGCAUAAAUUAAUUGUCACGAUAGUUUAUUUUGUAUUACGUGUACAAAUGUGCACUUUUGCAUAGCUUCUUUUUAUAGUAAUGUCUCUUAGGCAAUAAGUUUCUAUUUUGAAAGUAAAACAAGCACUUUGUUCAAUUAUAGUGUUCAGUGUCAUAAAACAACUUAUGGAAGUUAAGUUAAUUGCAAGAGUAUAUUCUAUUGUUUAAUAAUUAUAUUACCAUAGGGUUACAAAAUUUUUGAUUUAAUAUGUUAUGUUAGUUUACUAUCUGAAUAUGUACAACCAAUACAGCAUGCAAUGACAGGUUGAUGGAUGUAUGAUAGAAUGAACCUAAUGAUAUAAGGUGGAAAUGUAAUGAGUAAAAAUAUGACAAGUGGUAAAAUUAAACAUUGAUUGAAGUAACAAA